UACACAAAUUAUUUCGGUUAAGCAAUCUCAUAGGCAUAGAAGUACUUGCAAAUAUGUAAAUCCAAUGCUAUUGGUUGGUAACGAAGCGCCGUGCUGCCACCUAUGAACUGAAGUAAAUACAAAGAUGACCUAUCUGCGGUAUAAGCAGUAGCUCAGUCGGUUAUGGGUGCAUGCAGUCAAGAUUCUAAAUAUUGCUAUGCGAACGUCUUUCGAAAACACAGAGCCCUUUAAAAGCUUCUCCUAGUUUUAUAGAAGGCAGACUUCAUUUGUUAAGAUUUGCAAACAUGGCGAUGGCGCUUACGUAUAAAAACAGUCUGAGCUACUGUUAGCCUAAAAAAUAAACCAUAAAUAAGAGUAAUCAUGAAAAAUUUAACGGUGAGAAUGCUCAUUGAAUACACCAAUGAUUAUUCCGUUCUACCAAAGAAAUCACCAUUAAUCCUGAAACCCGCUAAGGCUGGGUUCAUCUAGCUCAAAACAUGGGUCCACCGUCAGGCCAUAAAAGGCGACAGGAAAGUUUUUUUUAAGCAGCCGACCGAUCAUCAGAUCCUAAAAGGAUUCUCAUCCAUGGAGGCAGAUGCCAAGGAUUAUCAACCUUGAUUUUUCGACGAAGUGUCAACUGAACAACAGUUAUAACCAAGUCACGUGACUGUCCCCUCGUCCCCGAGGUUAGAAAAGUGACUUUCCAACAGUAGGCCAACCACUUUCAUCUGAAAGCGUCGUCGUACAGCCAGCGAACAUCAUGACCUACAAAAACAUGGACCUCACAACCGCUUAGCUAGCCAGUUCGGGUCGAUUAAUAUCCCUUCACUUUUACUGUGGCAUGUCGAAGAGAGAGGCAAUGGACAACGCGAGAAUCAUCUUGCCAUGAUACAUUCACGACGUUUUACUUAUCCGUGGUUUCUAAUUAUCGUAGCUCUGAUGGCCGGUACUGGAAUGUUAAUAUUAAAUGUGCAAAAUCCGUGGAGGAAGAACGACAUCUUGGUUACAAAGGCAAAGUUCCCUGUAGUGACGCCAUCAGUCCGAAGAAUUACGAAGUCUUUAACGGAACUGAGACAAGACGCCCGAGUUCCUGAACUCAGCGGCCAUGUUUUGUUCUUCAACAGAGUUCCCAAAUCGGGAAGUGAAAUGUUGGUUCUUUUGCUACAGUGGCUGCAGGGAGCGAAUAGUUUUCGUCAUAUUCGUCUCGGAGGAGGAAAUGUGAGGAAGCUUAACAGAAUUCAGCAGGAGGAAUUAGUGGAGACAGUGACAAGGAAAGUUCGAGACGAAGCAGUGCCCGUGACCUUUGACCGGCACGUGUACUUCCUCAAUUUCAGUCACUUCGACCGGCAGUCUCCAACUUAUAUCAACCUCGUGAGAGAUCCUGUCGAGAAAGCGGCUUCAAGGUUUUACUACGCACGUGUAACGCCAAAUCCUCGCAGUCCAGAUCUACAGGACGCACCACAAUUAAAAUCUAAAGAAUUUAGAAGUAAAAGUUUUGACGACUGCGUCCAAUCAGGGGAUCCCGAGUGCGCCUACAACGCUGGAAAGACGUACGACCUCACCAUCCCAUACUUCUGUGGACACCAAGACUGGUGCACGUUACUUAACGAACAGCGAGCUCUGGAAACAGCUAAGGCCAACGUGGAACGUUAUUUUCCAGUCGUCGGCAUUCUGGAGGAAUUGAACGCCACCCUGGCUCUAUUAGAAAAACGUCUUCCGUACUUUUUUCGAGGAGUCCAGAAAAUUUACUUCCAAGAUUUAAUGGAACCACGCCACAACAGGAAUCCGAAACGUCCACAACACGUCAGCCGUUCUACUCGUAAAUACCUCGAAAAGGCACUCGAUUCAGAAUACGACUUCUACUACUGGUUACGGGCUCGUCUUUUACAACAGCGCAGUGCACUGACGCCUCACCAAUAGAAAACUGUCACGUGACGAGCGCAGAGAACGAAACAGUUGUCGGUGUCCCGUCUUUUCAAGGUCAGUCUCCAUCUGCAGCUGACAAAACUGAAUAAAUGUACGAACUUUCUUCCAAGUACACUCAAACGCUGUUAAGUU